UCCCCCCAAUUUCAAUUCAAUUCAAUUCGAUUCAAUUCCCCAACCAAAAACUCUGCAAUUUUUUUUUUCAGUUUUCGGCUUGUUCAGCUCUUACAUUAUCUGUUUGUUUGGUGAAGAUAUAAUAUAUAUACAAUGGAUGUGAGUGAGUACGGAGAUGGAGCUGCAUGGUUCAGGGGUUCGAUUAUCGGAAAAGGGGGUUUCGGUUCCGUUUAUCUCGCAACUCUGAAGAAUCCGACAUCGAAAUACAGCUGCUUUCCGCCUCUAAUGGCGGUGAAAUCGGCCGAGGUUUCCGCUUCGGGCUCGAUUCAGAAGGAAAAGGAGGUUCUUACCAAUUUGAAAGGGUGCCCUUAUUUGAUCAAGUGUUUCGGUGAAGAAACAACAAUUGGCAGCAAUGGCGUAAUGGCGUAUAAUCUGUUGUUGGAGUACGGUUCGGGCGGAACUUUAUCCGAUCGAAUCGAGAAAUCGGGUGGCGGUGGAUUGGCUGAGUGCGAGGCUAGGGUUUAUACGAGGUCUAUUCUCAGAGGGUUGAAUCAUAUUCAUGGUAAUGGGUAUGUUCAUUGUGAUUUGAAGCCCGAGAAUAUUUUGCUUGUGCCGAAUUCGGGUGCCGGAAUUAGGGCAAAGAUUGGGGAUUUUGGGUUGGCGAAGAGGGAGAGAAAUUCGAAGAAGAGCAAAAUAUUGGAACCCUAUUGGAGGGGUACCCCUAUGUAUUUAUCGCCCGAGGCUGUGGUGGAUAAAGUGCAAGAGUCGCCUUCCGAUAUUUGGGCACUUGGUUGUAUUGUGCUUUAUAUGCUAACGGGAAAUUUGCCGUGGGAAGGGAAGAAAUCGGAAGAAAUAAUUCGGAAAAUAGGGACAAGGGGUCGAUUGCCUAAAAUCCCGAAUGAGUUAUCGAAGGAGGCGAAAGAUUUUCUAAAGGGGUGUUUUGUGAGGCGGUCCGUUUUCAGACAUACUUCUGAAAUGCUUUUGCAUCAUCCGUUUGUCGAAGUUCUUGAAAAUGGUGAUGCGGUUGAAGAAUCGGUGGAAUUUGAGUUUAACUGUGACGUAUAUUCAGACGAGGAUUCGUUUUCGUCUUGGUCUGAAGAAGAGUUAGAAGAGGUUGAAAAUAUUGAAGGUGUUAUGGGUUUCGACCAAUCAAACGAGACGUCGAAACGGGCCCCGUUACAUAGUUUACGGAAGAGGAAACAACAUUGUCCUGUUAGUUUAGUCAUUCCUGUAGGAAUCUAUCAAAGUUGAUUAUUGACAGGCUGUACUUAGUUUAUGUAACAAAAAAACAUAUGGAAAUCUCAUUUAUAUAUUGAUUAUUUUUUCCUUA